GCUCGCUCGCUCGCUCGCUUCCUUCUCCACCUUCAUUUUCCUACCGCUCCAAGAUUUCCUCCUCCCGGGGGAGGGGGGUGUCCCGGCGCGCGCGCGCGCGAGCUCUCGCUCGCUCGUUCGCUUUUUUGCACCGCGGGCGCGAGCCUCGGCUAGGUGAGCGAAGAGACAAGCGAGCGAGCGACCGAGCGGGGCGGGCGGGAGAUCCAGCGAUCCAGCGAGCAGGAGCCGAGGCAGCGGGAGCGGCGGCGGCGGCGGCGGCGGCCAAGAUGGAGUCGCGGCUGAACCUGCAGAGAGCGAGCCAGCGCCUCUAAAAGGGCUCCCGGCCCGCCGCCGCCUUAACAGGCCCGGGGCCCCAUGGCCUGGCCCCUCGCAGGGCCCCCUUGGGUUCUCCCUCGGCCGGUGCCGCGGGGCUCCCGCGACUAAAGCCGCCCUUCCGCCAAGGGGGUAAAGAAAGCGCCGGGACGGCCGCCGGUGUGCGCCCGCCUUCUCCGUUUCAGCGCCCGCCGGGGCUCCCGGCGCUGCCGGCACAAUGCUGCCGUCGCAGGAGGCCUCCAAGCUGUACCAUGACAACUACAUGCGGAACUCGCGGGCCAUCGGCGUCCUCUGGGCCAUCUUCACCAUCUGCUUCGCCAUCAUCAACGUGGUGGUCUUCAUCCAGCCUUACUGGAUCGGCGACAGCGUCAGCACGCCCAAGCCGGGCUAUUUCGGCCUCUUCCACUACUGUGUGGGCAACGAAGGCAACAACCGGGAACUCACCUGCCAGGGCUCCUUCGCCGACUUCCGCAGCAUCCCCUCCGGCGCCUUCAAGGCCGCCUCCUUCUUCGUGCUGCUCUCCAUGGUGCUGAUCUUGGGCUGCAUCACUUGCUUCGCCCUCUUCUUCUUCUGCAACACGGCCACGGUCUACAAGAUCUGUGCUUGGAUGCAGCUACUGGCAGCUCUCUGCCUGGUGCUGGGCUGCAUGAUAUUCCCAGAUGGCUGGGACUCAGAGACCGUCAGGGACAUGUGCGGGGAGAAGACAGGGAAGUAUUCCCUGGGCGACUGCUCUGUGCGCUGGGCUUAUAUCUUAGCCAUCAUUGGCAUCUUGAAUGCCCUUAUCCUCUCCUUCCUGGCCUUCGUCCUCGGCAACCGGCAAAACGACCUGCUUCUCGAGGAGCUCAAAACAGAAAACAAAGAGGAUAUAAUGUAGAAGAGGCAAGAAGCCCCUUUCACUGGUACCUGGACUGGACUCUCAUCCUUCCCUCCUCAUCUCCCUCAUGGCCUUUCUUUUUGCGGCUGCCAACCAGGGGGGGAAACUCCCGCCCCACUCCACGGUCUCCGAAUCCGCCGACCUCACCUGCGUGCCGUUUCCAGAGACAUGGUCAUCCCUCAUGAACUGCCAGCUUUGACUCGUAUUCCCUUCUGCUGAUUGGCUUCCCCAACUUGCCUUUCCUGCUUCUGAGGGGAGGGAAACGCGCCCAUUCCAACUGUCAUGCUCAAAAAGGAAUGACGCCGCUGGGAUUUUUAAUACUUCCUUUUCAAGAUUUCCUCCUUUCUGGGAGAAGCAUCCAGCAGGGUCCUCCUUCUCGUGAUGCCAGAGCUGGUGCCAAGACGCUGCCGCUGUUGUUGCUGCUACUGCUGCUGUCGUCACAAACUACCAGGGCAUCUUCUUUGCCGCAUUGGUUCCCGUUUUUAACUCUCUGGCCCCUUUGCUCAUCCCUGCGGCCGUUCAGUACCAUGCCGUGCUCAAGGCUGGCCCGUUUGAUACUUUUAGGUGUAAAUGAAAUUGUCUCUGAACAGGGUAAGGUGAGCCCAGAUCCCCUUCUCCCCGGGGGAUUCCAGCCGCCAGAACUUUUGAGUUUUCCAAUCAUUCUGCCCAGGUGAUGCAGCUGCACCUUGAUGUCUACAAGACGGGGGGGAGGGGGGAGGAACAGGGAGAGGUCCGAUCCGCUGGUAUUUCUCUGCUCACUGCUAUGGGGCUCUCUCCCAUCUCAGCCUGCAAGACGAGUCCUUGAACACUGAAUGUAAUUCAUGGCUAGAACCUCCCCUCCAUUUCCCCGUGCCGGGCAUAAGAAAGGAGCCAAAGAUUGGGCUAAGGUGAGGGAUGCUACCUGUUGGCUAGGAUGGCAGCUCAGGUGUGAGGCUCGUGCCAAAUGCUGCUUCUCUCAAACCUGUGGUGCUUCAUCCCUCUUGAGUAAAAGCAACGUGGGGGUCUGGGCAACCAUGAGGGAAAGGAGGAAAUGGGCCAUGCUGUGAUGCCAGCUAUACCUGUGGGAUGGGAUGAGCAUUCAGAGAGACAAAAGUGAGCUAAGAAACUGACUCCCCUGCCCCCAAAAAUCCAGCCGCCACCACCCUUUCACAGUCUCAACAGUAUCAUUGAAGAACCAAGACAGAAGUAUACUGUCCUAAAUGUUUCAACAGUUGUGCCUCUCUCCAGGCAGCAGGGUAGCACCUAAUCCCUCACAGUUUGGGCUGAAUUCUGAGAGGCUUCCUCAGAAGUAGCCAUUUUGUCCCAGAUUAGUGGACCUAAUUCAUUCCCAUACGAAUUAGGCCUCAAGCCAUUUAUCAGAGAGAUUUCCAGGCUAGGAAUACGAUUCAGCUUGGAGUCAUAGAGACACAUGCAAUUUUUGCCUAUCAAGCCCCUUUCCUCACACUUCCUGUCAGCAUAUCGCCUAUUGAUACUCUAAAGAUACUAUGACCAUGAAACAAGCAAUAGUAAUCUUGAAAAUGGUUCCAAGAACAGCUUUUUGUUUCACAGCCAUGACAACUAAGGGCCUAAAGUGUGCCAAAAGGCAGAUACUUAGAAUUAUGGGGCUGGAAAGGACCUCUGAGAUCUUCUAGUCCAACCCCCUGCACAAGGCAGGAGACCUUAUACCAUCCUAGUCAAAUGGUUGUCCAGAAGAGAAGAGAGAGGGAGAAGAAAAGAAGUGUGGAUCACAAAACAACAACAAAAGCAGAUGGGAAUGCAGAAAUGAGCUAAGAAUUUCUGGUGUCUGGGGCACAAAACCCCAGUAACAUCCCGCAUGGCUGUCAAGUGUCAGGCACAUAGCUGAGCAUUCGGUCUCCCUUCUGAUGUUUUGGAGGGAUGCCCAGUACUGUUACUGGCCAAACUGACCCUGAGCAAAUGGUAUAAUGGUCCCAGUGAGAAGCUUGCUUAAAACUGGGUUGUACUAGAAUCAAGUGCCAAAGGAACCCAUGAGAUGAGGGAGAAAAAGUGUGCGGAAAAGGGGUGUGUGUAUCAUUACAGAUUUUUGAAGACACAAAAAGAAGCCACAGCAUAUCUCCGGUCACGACCCCUCCCACUAUUAAUAGCCAGAUUAGGUGGGUAUUUGAAUUAAGAUGGUGGCACCCGAAGGGGCUUAGUCUUGAUGACUUCGCUCCCAAGCUGCUCCUUUUUUCCUCUCAGAAAGAAAAGUACCCUUUCAGGAGGUAAAUAACUUCAGGAAAGUGGUUUUCAUCAGGGAAAAGACACUGGAUAAAAAGUUAUCCCCCCGCCUCUCUGCCCAGUAUUAUAUUUGUGACCGGAUUCACACAAAACAUUGCUUUUAAGAACAGCCGUUAAGAGCAUGUCUAGCUUUACCCUGCAGGUAAAAUGGUAAAGUGUGAUAAAACCCAUAACCAAUGGAGAUCUACAGCCACGAUUUUAGCAUGGUCAUAUUAUUGUUUCUGCCAAAGCUAUAACACGGUGAGGUUGCCAAGAAGCUGCCCUGUUAAUGUGAGUGCCGCUACACGAGAACCAAACUUCAAAUAUUGUGAUGUUAACUUGAAUUGUUCCAAGGGAUUUUGUAAGUUCCAAGAGAAUUUGAGAUCCUGAAAAGAGGGGGGGAGGAAAGCAUUUUUAUGGAGUUGACCUUCCUCUCCAAAUCCCCGGCCAAAUUCUGAGUUGAGAGGAAAGACAAGCAAGAAAAGCUAAAACGUGGGAAGCCGAUUCAAAAGUCAUUCAUUCAAAGUUCACUGGUCAAAGGCCGGGAAAUGCAAUGAAGUCUAUCUUAAGAGUCGAAGCCCAUAGCAACAUUCAAGAUGGAUUAAUUGGUGGACUUCCACACAUACACACACAUACACACACACACACACACACACACACACUUGUGCCAGCUUACCAUAUCUCUAAGUGUAACGUAGUACACAUUGCCAUUCGACCCAGCCGUUGCCACAAAAACAUCAAAAUCCAUGACCUCAAAUUAUUUAGCUGCACUGGCCUCAGUUCUCCUUGACACAAGAGAAUCGUUGCCAAGAGGAAAAAAGAAAAAAAAAACCAACCAUUUAAACAAACCAGAUUAAAGGCUUUUCUCCCUUGUGGGCCCAGACACGCAUAUUCUGUUCUAUUCACAGAUUUCAGCUCCCACUUUUUUAUUAUUUAUGCUACAAAAACAAUAAUAUAUAAAAAUACCUUAGUAAAGGGUUUUAGCGGUUGGGAACAAGGAAGCAGCUUUAGUCCACAAGCUGCAAGGCUAUUUAGCAUUGUACGAACCAUCAGAAAAAAAGAUUAUCCUGCACUGGAGAGGGGGGAGGGCAGGAGGAUAUCGGGUGGAAGGAGAAGAGGCAAAGACAUGAAUACAUGUUCCACCACCUGUGCCGGAGAAAUGGUAUUGCUGUUCAUGGAAAUGGGUAGAUGGGUGGAGAA